AACAGACUUGCCUAGUAUAUAACUGUUUCACUCUUGAACCAUUUUGCUGUGAUUUAAUCACGUGAUGAUUACGUUAAACAUAGAACGCCAUUUAAUGGAAUUUCCAACAGAAAGAACGCAGGCUGACCUUUAAUAGUGAUAAUCUUUUCUGAUGGAGAGCAAGACAGAUCUGCAAGACAUCCCUGCGCGUCUUUAUAUGGAUUCCCCAGGAAUCGAAUGGCGCUAUGGACUCCCUGAUUACUCUGUAGUUAACAAAAAGUUUUUAGCGGAAAGGACAAAAGUACACAAAGAAGGGUCGCUGGAAAAAGUGGUUGAGGAUUUAGUGAAAACAUGGGAGAUGGAAACAGGGAAUAAACUUAAUCCAAAAGACUGGGUAACAGUCGAUCAGGACAACUUCUUCGUCAGGGUGAAUGGUGGAGAAAAAUUCACCAAAGAUGAUUAUGUAAAAGAUGGUAACUACAACCUAAUGCUCCGUAACUGCCCACUCUAUGAUGCCGGCAAACACAGCUUUGAUUCCUCGCAGGAUCUUUUUAGAGGAGUUUUCAAGUCUGGGUUUGCAUGGGAGGUCCUUGACGUAUUCUCUGGUCCGCCAACAGUAGCCUUCACGUGGCGACACUGGGGAAACUUCGAAGGUCAAUACAAACAGACACCUGCAACAGGGGAAACUAUAGAAAUGUUCGGUUGUUGCGUUGCUAAGGUUACCGAUCAACUCAAAAUACAGUCGGUUGAUGUAUAUUUCGAUCCAAACAUCAUGAUGGCAACAUUUACCGGCUGUACUGGCGGGAAGAUAUGUCCUCUCUCACACUGAUGUAUUGUCUGGAGC